AUGGUGGACAGGACACCCGAUGAACCCCCUCCUGUAAUUGUAGCCGUUGUGGGCCCACCUGGAACGGGCAAAACUACUCUUAUCAAAAGUUUGGUCAGAAGAUUCACCAAACACACUCUCUCCGAAAUCAAGGGUCCCAUUACAGUGGUCUCUGGUAAAAGGAGACGACUGACAUUUCUAGAGUGCACAAAUGAUUUAAACUCGAUGAUUGACAUUGCCAAGGUAGCCGACCUGAUCUUGUUAAUGAUCGAUGGAAACUUCGGUUUGGAAAUGGAAACGAUGGAAUUUUUAAAUAUUUUGGCGCCCCAUGGAUUUCCAAGAAUAUUGGGUGUGACUACCCAUUUGGAUUUGUUCAAGAGUGUUAGCACGAUGAGAGCUUCCAAAAAAGCCCUCAAGCAUAGAUUUUGGACUGAGGUGUACCAGGGUGCUAAGCUUUUUUAUCUUUCAGGGGUAAUCAAUGGAAGGUACCCUGAUAGGGAAAUUCUUAAUUUGGCAAGGUUUAUCUCUGUCAUGAAAUUCAGACCUUUGAAGUGGAGAAACGAGCACCCCUACUUGGUUUGUGACCGAGUAGUUGAUAUUACUCAUCCCUCUUUGAUCGAAGAAAACUCAAAAGUAGACAGAAAGGUAACUCUGUAUGGUUAUGUUCAUGGAACACCACUACCAUAUCUCAACGCUCGUGUUCAUAUUCCUGGAAUUGGAGACUUGACUGCGAAAGAAGUAGAGAGGCUACCUGAUCCUUGCCCUACUCCGUUCGCAGUGAAACAAGAGGAGCAAAACUCUGCGGGUCCCAAACGUCGAAGACGUUUGGAUGAUAAAAUGAAGUUGAUCUAUGCUCCUAUGAGUGACGUUGGAGGUGUUCUGAUAGAUAAGGAUGCGGUUUACAUUGAUGUGGGUAAGGAGAGCUUUAUCCCUGGCCAGGAACAAGGUGUGGGUGAGCGGCUAGUAACUGGGCUACAAAAUGCUAAGAGCACUUUGGGCGAAGUCUCUGAAUCUUCCGGAAUUCAACUUUUCAGUAGUGGUGAAGUUUUUGAUGAACUUGCUGGAGACGACGGCGAAGAUGAGGAAGAAAGAGAAGGAGCGGAUCAGGGUCGAACACAUCUUCGAAGCGGUAAAUCUGUCGGAGGUUCAAUUUCUAAUUCACUCGAUAAUGAUGAUGGUGAUGAUGCCGAUGAGGACGGGGAUGAGAACCCAGAAGAUGAUGAUUUCGAUGAUUCUGUUCAUUUUGAAAAAAGAUACAAUGAUAAUGGAGAGCAAUCCGAGGACUUUGCAUUUGCUGAUAGUGAUUCUGAUCUUGGAGAUUUUGAAGAUGACGAAGAUUCCCCUGAAUUGAGGUGGAAAUCUAAUCUUUCUCGGAAUGCUACCGAUGAAUUUCGGAAAAAUAGCAGACGAUUCAACAUAAACAAACUGUUAUAUCUGGAUAAUAUCAGCCCGGAAGAUGUAAUUAAGAGGUGGACUGGGGUGGAUGAAGAAGAAGAAAUAGAGGAGAGUAUUGAGGACGACGAAGAGGAUUUCUUCACUCAAAAGAAAUCGCUUCAAUAUUCAAUUGAAGACGACAGUCAGGCGGAGUGUAACGUAGAUGAAAUAGUGAAGAAAUGGACUAAUCCUGAAUCGUUUACGGAGAUUUCUCAUGUAUUUUAUGUUGCUCCCAAAAUGCCAGGUGUUGGAGGUGAAGCUGAGAGUGAUGAAGAAGUGUUUGGUGACUUCGAGGAUUUAGAAGAUGGAGAGGAUAAUGACAACACAAAAAACAGGGAAGAACACAAUGCACAAGUAGAGACAAAAGAGGAUGCAAGCGAGGAUGAGGGAGAUUCAACUUCUGAAAAUGAUGAUGGAACUAUGAUCUCGAAAGACAAAACUGUGGCUGAGCUGAGAGCCGAGAAUGCUGCUAAAAAGGAGAAGCUUCGUCUUCAAAUUGAGGAGCAAGACAAUGAAGAUCGCGAAUUUGGAGCGGAAGAUCCCGAAGGUGAGAAUGAGACCUGGCAUGAUCUAGAGAAAGCCAAGAUAGCCAAGCAGUUAGAGAUAAACAGAGCGGAAUUUGAUCAGAUGGAUCCAACUACUCGUGAUCGCGUUGAGGGUUUCCGUGCAGGCGCCUAUGUUCGAAUUGUGUUUGAUGGUAUACCGUGUGAAUUUAUUGAGAAUUUUGAUCCCAUUUAUCCCGUGCUUAUUGGUGGACUUCUAACCAACGAGGAGAGGUUUGGAUUUUCUCAAGUUCGUAUAAAGCGGCACAGAUGGUAUAAGAAAAUUCUGAAGACGAAUGAUCCAAUUAUUGUAUCUCUUGGAUGGAGAAGAUUCCAGACCAUUCCAAUGUAUACUACCUCAGACUCGAGAACAAGAAACAGAAUGUUGAAGUAUACUCCAGAGCAUAUGCAUUGCACAGCUACAUUUUAUGGACCCUUGGUUUCGCCUAAUACUGGCUUUUGUGCGGUUACAUCUGUGGCUAGUAAGGAUGCGACUGCCAACUUCAGGAUCUGUGCCACUGGUACCGUGAUGGAAGUGGAUCAAACUGUUGAAGUCGUAAAGAAGCUCAAACUUGUUGGCUAUCCAUACAAAAUUUUUAAGAACACUGCGUUCAUUAAAGAUAUGUUUACCUCCGCAUUAGAAGUUGCAAAGUUUGAAGGUGCCUCCAUUAAGACGGUUUCAGGCGUAAGGGGGCAAAUCAAACGGGCCUUGUCCAAGCCUGAGGGCCAUUUCAGAGCGACAUUUGAAGACAAGGUGCUUAUGAGUGAUAUUAUUAUUCUACGUGCUUGGUAUCAGAUACUCCCUCGCAAGUUUUAUAAUCCUGUUACCUCACUUCUUCUACAGGAUAAGGUGAAUUGGUCGGGAAUGAGGCUAACAGGCCAAGUGCGUGCUGAUAUGGGAAUCGAGCUGACCAAUAAUCCCAACUCACAAUAUGGUAAGAUUGAAAGGGCUACUAGGCGUUUCAAUUCUUUGAAGGUUCCAAAGGCAAUUCAAUCUAACUUGCCCUUCAAAUCUCAAAUCCAUGCCAUGAAGCCACAAAAGAAAGAGACCUACCUGCAGAAGCGUGCAGUUGUCUUGAACGGCGAGGAGAAGAAGGCUCGUGACUUGAUGGUGAAAGUCAUGACCUUGCGUAACGAAAAAGAAGCGAAGCGUAGUGCUAAGAAGAAGGAGCAAAGAGAGCAAUAUGUCAAGAAACUUGCCAAAAACGAGGAAAAGCGUGCUGAUAGGGAACGACGGGAAAAGAAGGAAUAUUUCCGUAAAGAAGGUAGAAAGCGUUCAGCAUCGGAGGCUCAAUCAGCAUCUGGAAGUUCCAAAAGAACAAAACAUUGA